UCCACAAUUUAAACCCUUUUGAUCUGGGAAUGAGUUGAAAUCACUAGCAAGAGAUUACAGUUUUGCGCUUUGACACGCUGCCAAGUUUUCUUCUCUCCGUGCAACAUGAGUGUAUUUGGUGUGUGGAGGAGGAUAAGCGGUCUGAACAUUUGGACUGCAUCUAACCCUUUACGCUGAGGCACGCUGCACUGUGUUGUGGAUCAGUGUUACUUCUUUUGAUGAAAACAUCUCUGCUUUAUUAAGUCGGUUCAUUGCUGUUUUUGGCAGUCGGUGGUUUAGAUGAGACGUAUCACUGUUUGUUUUGCUGCUUGCAGUCGGUAAAAUAAACGGUAAAUCUGUGGAGCACAAAAUGAAGAACAGGGUUGAGAGAAGACAUGAGACUGUACAUGAUACAUGCAUGUACUCCAGGCCUUAUCAGCAGAAUUCAAUACAGAAGGAUCUUCGUCCCAGGGGGCCCCAGGUGAACUCCUUCCGCGUUGAAUCGUGCAGCUGGGUUUGUUACCUGCAACCAGGACAUCGUGUCAAAGUACCGUUUAAGUCAGCGGAACCUAUGCAUUCCCAAAUAAAGCACUUGGCGCGCCUGAAGCCCUGCGCUCCGGCUCGCAGCAAGCGGAUCCUCGAGAGGAAACUCUGGUCUCACUGCGCAGCAAAACAGCAGCUAGAAGGAGGCGUCAGCGCGACAGGACUGCAUGCAGCUGCAAGAGAGCAUGCUGUCGGAACACAGCGCUGCAGGAACUAUGCAUCUGACUGCGUAUACAGCCGAGCUUUCGCUUCGGCGAGGGACCACCCGGAAACUUUCUGGGGUGAAAUGGCUCAGAAUAUAAGCUGGUUUGAGCCGUGGAGCAAAACUCUGCACGUAGAGGACCCGGUGUUUCCAAACUGGUUUGUAGGAGGGAAGUUAAACAUGUGCUUCAACGCUGUGGAUCGUCAUGUUGAGAGUGGCCGCGGAGAGCAGCCAGCUAUCAUUUACGACAGUCCAGUGACUGGAACGAAGAAGAUCAUCACCUUCAGAGAACUGCAGGACCAGGUGUCCAGACUAGCAGGAGUCCUUGUGAAAAAUGGAGUUCAGAAAGGAGACCUCGUCGUCAUCUACAUGCCCAUGGUGCCCCAGGCCAUGUUCACCAUGCUGGCCUGUGCACGGAUUGGUGCUCCACACAGCCUAAUCUUUGGUGGCUUUGCUUCCAAGGAGCUGUCUGUCCGCAUUGAUCAUGCCAAACCCAAGAUGUUGGUGACAGCCUCGUUCGGCAUCGAGCCAGGCAGAAGAGUUGAGUACAUCCCGCUGGUGAAGAAGGCGCUGGAGAUGAGCUCUCACAGACCCUCUAAAGUCCUCAUCUACAGCAGGCCCAACAUGGACAAAGUUUCCCUCGAUCCGGAGCUGAGCCUGGACUGGGACCAGGAAAUGGCUGCUUCUCGUCCACAUGACUGUGUUCCUUUACCCUCCAACCAUCCUUUGUAUGUCCUCUAUACGUCUGGGACCACAGGAACACCAAAGGGCGUUGUGAGAGACACUGCAGGGUACGCCGUUAUGCUGAAAUGGACCAUGUCAAAUAUUUAUGGACUCAGUCCUGGAGAUGUUUGGUGGGCUGCCUCUGAUCUGGGCUGGGUGGUCGGCCAUUCCUACAUCUGCUACGCUCCUCUGCUCCAUGGCAACAGCACCAUUUUAUAUGAGGGAAAGCCAGUCGGGACUCCAGAUCCUGGCGCGUUCUUCCGUGUCCUGUCGGAGUACGGAGCGUCCUCCAUGUUUACCGCACCCACCGCAAUCCGGGCCAUUCGGCAGCAGGACCCCGGCGCCGCAGCCGGGAGGAAAUACCCUUUGACCAGGUUGCAGACGUUAUUCUUGGCAGGAGAGCGGUGUGAUGUCGAGACGCUGGAGUGGGCAAAGAAGAACUUUGGCGUCCCGGUUCUGGAUCACUGGUGGCAGACGGAAACUGGCUCAGCCAUCACGUCCUCCUGUAUCGGCCUGGGUAACUCGCUCACGCCACCUGCAGGCCAGGCUGGAAAACCAGUUCCAGGUUACAAUGUCACUGUGAUCGAUGAUGACAUGCAGGAGUUGAAGCCAAGAACUCUGGGAAAUAUUGUGGUCAGACUUCCUCUACCUCCUGGAGCUGCACUGUCCCUGUGGCAAAGCCAGCGUCUCUUCAAGGAGCUCUACUUCUCCAAAUUUCCAGGCUACUAUGACACCAUGGACGCCGGCUUUUUGGAUGAGGACGGCUUCCUUUACAUCAUGUCCCGGUCUGAUGACGUCAUCAACGUGGCUGGUCACAGGCUGUCUGCUGGAGCAUUAGAGGAAUCGGUGCUGCUGCACUCUGCGGUGGGGGACUGCGCUGUGGUGGGUCUGGAGGACUCUCUGAAGGGCCACGUUCCUCUGGCGCUGUGUGUUCUUAAAAAAGAUGUGCAGAAAACUGAGGCAGAAAUCACAAAGGAGGUGGUGAAGCUGGUGAGGGACACCAUCGGACCUGUAGCCGCCUUCAGGAACGUUCUCUUCGUCCAGGGGUUACCGAAGACUCGCUCCGGAAAAAUCCCCCGCUCUUCUCUGGCCAACCUGGUCAACGGCAAACCCUACAAGAUUACGCCAACCAUUGAGGACCCAGAUGUGUUCAAAGACAUUGAGAGGCAAGUAGAAAACAUCUGGAGACGACAUGCAGAUUGAAAACCAUCAGAAUAUUUUAGAGAAAUUUUCAGUAUGUAAAUUACUGAUGAGGUAAAACGGAACUGCACUAAACUUUGUGAACAUAGAUUUUUAAUGCAAACAGCUCACUAACCGUUUUUAAAACUUUUUUAUUGACAAUGAAAACUUGUUUGCUCACCACUUAGUUUUGACCAAAGUACAAGUAAUAAAUAAAAAAAAAUCAGAAACUAAAAUGAAUCCUCAUUCGUGCAAAUGUGAAAACAAACGAGACGUUUGCUGUCCGUCCGACAUAACGCAGAGACAAGCAGGGCUGAACAACAGGUUACCCUGACAACUGACUGAAACGAAGGACAUUUACACCCAGAUGGAAGUCACAGCAAGCAACAGGGUUUUUAUCUUUUAAUCGUUAAGUCACCUCACUUCAACAUGGUCAUAAACACUCUACACACACUAUGAGCUAAAGCAGUCUGUCCUUCAGUUAUUUCAUCUGUUCUGUUAACAGGAGGGGCGGGGUAGAAAGGCCAGCUUGGCUGUAAGUGUGUUGAUGUGCUGCCUGAUGAAACGUACAGUAACACGUGACGUCUGGGAUGCUGUUCGGCUCUCUGAGUUGAAGUUGUGCACCUUCAGAGAGCGUCUUGUUUUGUCCUUGGCUUCUAAAUAGUCUGAGUUGAUGCGGAUGUAUGAAGGUGCUUCUGUUGUGCCGACGAAUCCUCCUGAAAAGCUCCGUCCCGUGUUGUUAGAGUAGCCCACCACUAGAGGGCAGCAUGGCACAACAUGGAGUUUCUUCCCUUCUAUGUUCCAGAACAGGUUCAUCGUAAAUUUUCAUUAGCACAAUGAAAAAAUAAAACCAUAUGUA